AUGGAUAACCCUGUCACAUUCACCCCCGAUGUCUCGUCUCAAUCUUCCCGUCGCACCCUCUCAUCCAUGCCUGCCUCUGACGCAACCCCCGCCGGCUUUAACUUCAUAACGGUCGACCCGUCUUCGCGAACAGAAAGUUCCUCCAGCCGAACUCUUAUCCGUGCAAAUGCCGGACGUUAUAUUUGGAAACGCCGCAAGGCCGGCUCCAAAGAAACCGGCAGAGCAAAGCCAUAUGAAAGACCGGGCCAACAACCCCCGGCUCCUCUGUCAAGUCCGCCCGAAAAUACUGGAGUAACCGCAAAGCCAGACCCCGAUUCCAAGGAGAUAUUACCGACGAAUGGGGAGGAAGAGGCGGAAAAUGAAAACGCUGUCGUAUUGCUCAAACGUGAACCCUCGUCGGAAUCCGGUGGCUUGUCGGCUUCGCUUAGUCAUGGACUAAAAAGCCCAAUGAUGACUUUCUUCGGGACUGAAAUACCAGAAGACAUUGUCCGCCGGACAAUUAAAUACUCUGCCUCCGUUGUCAUGACCAAGAUGUUGCCCCAGGACACUAGCCCGGAAUCACCAAAAAUAUCAGAUAUCUGGCUUUCAAGCGCGCUGCGCAGUCCUGCUCUGUUGUCCGCUUUCUUAUAUGGCACACUUAGCCACGAAUUUGUGCUCGAACGUAUGCAGAGCGGCACGCCAUCGAGGGAAAGGCGGCAGAAAUUGCUACAGAUUAUGGUUGCCGAGAACGAAUCGAUUCGCAGAAUCAACCAGGCUUUGCAGGAUCCCGCGUCGCAAAAGACCGACGAACUGUUGAUGGCGGUGUUUUUCAUGGGAUACAGUCGUUAUGAUGAAGCGAUUUUUUCACCCGGUCGUGACCCACACAAGUCUCCCCUGAAUGACAUUCAGUGGGCGAACAUCUACUCUUACCUCGAUUAUGAUGAGGUCCAUGUGAUGGGCCUUAUACGGUUGCUCGAGAUUCGUGGUGGAAUCGAUGCUAUCAGAUUAAACGGUUUGGCUGAGAUGAUGUCUCUCGCAACGAUCAUGUUUUCGUCAAAAUUCAUACGAAAGCCACUCUUCCCUUAUGUCCCGAUUAUCAAGACCAACGGACGACACCGGCAGCCAGACUGGCCUCACCCUAUCCAGUAUCUUCUGGAGAUGUACAAAGGAGGCGACUACUCCAAGAUGGAUGAACUUGGUCUUCCGAGUGAACUAAUCACACUCUUCAAGGAUAUGUACAGCUACAACGCUGUCAUCGAACUCUACAUGCAAGGCAUUUUCACAGGCUCUUUUGUUAGUUCUGAUGCACCCAUAAUGGCCGAUCGCCGCAACUCCAUCCAACACCGAGCGCUAUCCUUGCCGUCUGCUGACGAAAUUGGCAUGAGCUCCGAAUGCCCCACGUAUGAGCCAUUGAGGCUCGCAACGCUUAUCUACUGUCUACUUACCAUAUUUCCGCUUGUACCCAUAAUGGCGCCUUAUUCUCAGCUGACCAUGCAACUACGACAAGCUUUGUUCACUCAAUCUCUGCCUCGAGCCUGGAAGAGCGUUCCCGAGCUUUUCAUCUGGACUCUAGUUGUUGGCGGCAUAGCUUCGACCAAACCUGAAACUGUUACCUGGUUCGCUGCCAUGUUAAACCAGGUUUCCACCGCUACCAAUCUCUCGACCUGGCCAGAAGUUAAAAAAAUCCUCAAGUCUGUCCUUUGGCUCAGCACCAUAUGCGAUGAAAAGGCCGAGGAAUUAUGGAGGAAGGCCGACGGUCUUCGUGCUCAGGUCCGGCGUCAUCAGGAGCAGCAGCAACGUCAACUGCAUGAGGUACCUGUGCGGUUAAGAGCGGAGUCGGCAGGUUGA